AUGAAGUUCGAUGCUGAGAAGGAAAACCGGAAAAGACAGGCUCGUCCGCAGAAGGAGAGACGAAGACGUGCGAGAAUCAAUAAGUCGCUGUUACAGCUCAAAUCCAUCCUACUACAGAGUGUAAACCCUGAGACACUAUUCAUGUCGAAAUUGGAAAAGGCUGACCUACUAGAACUCGCCAAAGACUACAUGCAGACUCUUAACAUCACUGAUAAACCAAAUCUGUGUAAUACACACGCUCAAGGCGAAUCAGGAUCGGCGUUUUCUUCAUACAGCGUGGGCUUUAAUGACUGCGUCGAAGAAAUAAUGCGAUUUGUUGACAAAACAAGUGAGACGAAUACAGCGCCUGAUCUGAAUAACCGUCUUCUAGAGCAUUUGGCCAACUUCGCUUCAUCUAGAGACGUCAUAGAGAAAUGUGCAAAUGGGAGUCAAGGAGGUAUUUUCGAAGAACAUCACGCGAUAGACGGGCUUUUGGCUCUAUCCUGUCCUAUGACAAAACAGUUCAGCAAUCCCGACGCAGUUGACCAAGAAGCGAAUGCUACAAUGUUACAAAGACCAAAAAGUCCACACUAUGAAAGUCGUACUGCUAAAAUGGAUGAAGAAAGAGACACUGUUUCAUUAUCAGAUCUUGUAUCUUCAGAAAUAGAUGGGCCUCAAACGAAACGUCUUUCCUGUAAAUUAGAAAAUGACUGCACGACUGUUACAAGCAUUAAAGAAUGUGACAUUUCGGUAAAUGAACAUACAGAAGACUCGUUGUUUUUAGGACGAAUGAAAAAACAAAUUUCAUUGGAUAAGAUAAUGGUAGACGAUUUCGAGACCUCACAAAAGAUCCAUAUAACUCCAAACAGAGUACCGCUAGACAGCCAGCCAAUACGAAAGCGGCUUGCAGCUAGGUUUGGAGACAUCUCUAAAAAGUCGCCGAGAAAAGUUAGACCAAAGAAAGUAAAAUCCUGCUCAACACGAUUUAAACAAGUGGCAGAUGAUGGCACUGCCAAGACUUCCUCAAAGAGUAUCGUUGGAACAUAG